GUGACGCGUUUUAAAAAGUUUUUAGCAAGUGGCUAAAUUAUAAGUUGAUAUGCAAAACGAGCAGACGGCGCUGCUGCCACCGGUGGAGAGCAGCAGCAAGUUGGUCAGCAAACCGUUUCCGAAACCUUUCUCCAUUGAGAGUCUAAUUGCGAAUCAAACACCUGCUGUUGUGCCCUCUGCCAAUGUCGAGCUGGAUAGGGAGCCGGAAUUGGACCGGGAACGGGCUAGUAAUCGAGAGCUUAAUGCACGUGCUUUGGUGGCCAGCUCUGCGCUGGGUCUGACACAGUUUCCACUUUACAAUCCCUGGCUGCAUGGCUACUUUGCCCAGAAUCACGAGCGGCUCACUCAUUUGAUUGCCGGCGGCGGCGGCGGCGGUUACCUGGGCGGGCCCUUUGCCGGCAAGGAGCCGCAGCCCCAACUAGCUCACCCACUGCCAGCGCAACCAACGCACGCCUUGGACCUUGGCCUAAGCCUUAGUCCGACAAAGCACAAUGAUGCCGAGUUGGCGCAUCGUCUGCCAUUGCCGCAUCCGCAUCCGCUGGACACCCGUUUCCUGCCGGAUCUGGGCUAUCGUCGCCUCGCCGAACUCAUGAAUCAGGAUUAUGUUCACAAUUUAAGCGUGCAUGCGCGACUCCAGCACCUGGCCGCAACACGUGCCCAGGACGAGAGUCAACAUCAGCCACUGGCAUUGGCUUCGACGCAGGAGCCGUCGUCGUCGUCUCAGCAAUCAUCGCCCUCAAAGUCCCAUAGCCCAGCGGAGCCAGCGGUUGACGUGGGCAUGGAUGAGGACUACGAGUGCAGCGGUGAUUCCUGCAGCGACAUCAGCCUCACGAUGUCGCCGCAAAACUACGGCGCAGAGCUGGACAAAAGUCGGAACGGAGCUUACACAAACUCGGACAGCGAGGAUUGCAGUGACGAGGAUGGCGGCCAAUCGCGACUGGAGGCCGGCGGCAAGGAGUCGCAAAGCGGCAGCAGCAACAGCUCCAAAUCGCGACGGCGACGCACGGCGUUCACAUCGGAACAGCUGCUCGAGCUGGAACGCGAGUUCCACGCCAAAAAGUAUCUCAGCCUAACGGAGCGCAGUCAAAUAGCCACAAGUCUGAAAUUGAGUGAAGUGCAGGUGAAAAUCUGGUUUCAAAAUCGUCGAGCCAAAUGGAAACGCGUUAAGGCCGGUCUGACGUCGCACGGAUUGGGUCGCAAUGGCAGUGGAAGUGGCACGAAAAUUGUGGUGCCCAUACCCGUGCAUGUGAAUCGGUUUGCGGUGCGCUCCCAGCACCAGCAGCUGGAGAAGAUGUGCCUCAGCGGGCCCAAGCCGGAUCUGCGCAAGAAGCUAUCAACCGAAGCGAUUAGCGGCUUUGAGAAGUUCAAUGCCAGCGUUGGCCCAGCUUCAGCUUCUUCAUCUCUGGGAGUGGGCGUGGGCGUGGCCAUGGGCGUUGGUAUGCCACCGCCAAUUGGCGCACUAGCUCCAAGUCCCGCCGCCGCCGCCGCCUCGCUGGCCCUGGCGCGAAGUAUUUAUUGAUGGAGUUGCACCCAAAAAACAUUUUUUGUUAACGCUUUUAGCUGAGUUAUCUUUGUACAUACGAAUGUUCCCCCUC